AUGCCACCCUGGUUCGAUUGCGGCAAGCAGGUCAAGUCUGAAGAAGAGGAUGACAUCGUCAUGAUGAUUCCAAGCGAGGCCCCCCCUGAGAAUCUUCCUCGCGGCGGUAGGCGCGAGCGCGACGCUAUCGCAGUCAUUGGAAGGAACAUACUUCAUCCCGAGCCAAACCAAGAUGGUCAGACUCCGCCAGACUUAACCCCGAAUCUUUACGAGAGGGAAUCUCAGCAUCUCACAGAUUUCACAGGAACAAAUAUGGCUGUUCCUUCUCGAGAGUGGCGGGCCCAAAAUGAAAGCGUCUCCAGUGCUCAAUUCCAGAGCCAAACCAAGCGGCCCCGUCUCACCGCGGACGGUGUUUUACGAGAAGCUACUGAGACUCAGCGACUCCGGGACAAGAAUUUUCGUCUUGAAAAACAUCUGGAGGAACAAAUGACGGAGAACUCGAAUCUCCAAGCCUUCGCAGCAAGUGCCAAGAAAGAAGUCGACGACACCAAGACGAAGCUGGACAGCUUGAAGAAGGCCUACAAUCGCGACAUACGAUCAAUGCAGCAUCAGAUUCGGGAGCUUAACGGACAGAUUCACGGACUCAAAGGGCGCAUUAUUUCAUAUGAGACCCAGAAAUCAAGCAAUCAAGCAAUCGCCAAUUCGAACAAGGUGUCGGACGACGCGAUCAAAUCUUGUUGGAAACGAAUGGCCUACAACAUCCAGAACAUCGCGGCAUUGUAUCUCACUGCCUGCCCUCGAGAAAAAGACAUCUUUCGACACGGCCACAGUGAGAAGUCUUGUGCCGUUUGUCACAUGGAUCGUGCACACUUCAUGCUUCUCAACAAUGAAGAUUUGAGAGACAGCGUGGUAGAAGGAUACAUUUGGCGCGCGGUCAUCCGCCACUUCUUCGGAUCCGGCGGACCGGAGAACUAUGGAAAGAGCUGGGCUGGUCGACCAGGGCAGCUUUUCACUGCCCUGUUUCACGAUUUAUUAGCUCAUCCUGCAGCGAAUGCAGACCCAUCGGAGAUCCAUAGGUGGAAAGCAGACUCUGGACGCAUGAUCGAUCGGAUGAUCGGUGUCGAUCAGGUCGAGAUGCAAGAAGUCAUAUAUGCCGAGUUCCAAGGACUCGUCAAAUUUAUUCCUCGGGAUCGCUCUGAUCGUAAGGCUCAGAAAAUCCAACUAUAUAAAGAUCUCGAAAAGAUCUUCAAGGAUGCAGUCGAGCUACACCGAGUCUUCAUGAGGUCCAGAGCCCAUUUCUACGUCGAUUGGACCGAGACGUUAUCCACUACUGGAGAUGUCACUCACUACCACCCGGACUUGCAUGAGGCUGAGGUCUACGAGAAGGAUCUGGAUGAUUCGAGCAUUGUGAAGUUCGUCAUUUCCCCCAGUUUGAUGAAGAUUGGCAACGCCGAUGGCGACAGCUAUGACAAGCGCAGUCGCUUGAUCAAGGCCUCUGUCAUUUGCGAUUAG